UGAAAACAGCUUCCCCUCUAAGCUUCGGGGGACAGCGCAUAAGCUCAAUGGACCAUGCGCCCCUUGCCAGGUAAGAAGAGUCGAUACCUGCAAUGCGCAUGCUCAGUCCGAAGACCCGCAAAGGCCCGAAGGCCCGUAGAGGCGCAGGAAGAAGGAACGGCAGGGUUUGUCCUUCUGCGGCCCCCGUACUACGCCAGCGACAUGGCGGAAUAUUCCUGCGUUAAGAAAACAAAACUGGUUCUUAAGGGGGCGAAAUCGAAAAGUAAGAAAAAAAAUAAAGAUAAAAAACGUAAAAGAGAAGAGGAUAUAGAAGCUCAGCUUGAUAUAGUUGAAGGCUGGUGGACGGUAACCAAUUUUGGUGAAAUCACAGGAACUGUAGCAAUAGAGAUGGGUUUUGGAACCUAUAUCAGUGCUCUUGAUAAUGGCCUCUUUACUCUUGGAGCUCCACAUAAAGAUGAAGGCCCUAGUCCUCCUGAACAAUUCACUGCAAUCAAGCUGUCAGAUACAAGAAUUGCAUUGAAAUCAGGGUAUGGAAAAUACCUUGGCAUUAAUUCAGAUGGGCUUGUAAUUGGACGUUCUGAUGCAAUAGGUGCAAGGGAGCAGUGGGAGCCUGUGUUUCAAGAGGGAAAAAUGGCUCUGUUAGCAGCCAACAGCUGUUUUAUCAGUUGUAAUGAAGAAGGUGAUAUAGUAGCCAAAAGUAAAACAGCAGGCAAUGAUGAAAUGAUAAAGAUCAGAACAUGUACAGAAAGAGAAGCCAAACAAAAAGAUGACAUUUCUGAGGAAGAUAAAGGAAAUGUAAAGCAAUGUGAGACCAACUAUGUGAAGAAAUUUCAAAGUUUUCAAGAUCACAAACUCAAAGUAAGCCAAGAAGAUAGUAAAAUUCUGAAAAAAGCUAGGAAAGAAGGCACUUUCCAUGAAGCACUGCUGGACAGGAGAUCAAAACUGAAAGCUGAUAGAUAUUGCAAAUAAUCAGAACUGCAAUGCACUUUUUUUCUUCCCUUAAUUAGCAGCUUUGUGUCUGUGUUUAUGUGUGUGAAUUUUUUAAAAUAAAACAUAUUUGUCAAAGUAAAUCUCAA